UGGAAAGGUGAUCAAUCUUCAUCAGGCUACAUUUCCACUCACCUACGCGCCCGGGCGAGACCGCUCCUGCCACAAGGGAGCGGGGAGUCUCUUCUGCGCCCGGAUUUUCUGCCAUCGCCUGGAAGAACCAAUUUUGUGACUUCGAGAAAUUGUAGACAGACUUUUUUUGUAUAUAUAUAAAUUGGGGAAAAUCUUUCCAGCUUUUAGCAUGAUGUCUUACCUCAAACAGCCCCCCUAUGGCAUGAAUGGGCUGGGGCUGACCGGACCGGCUAUGGACUUACUGCACCCCUCGGUGGGCUAUCCGGCCACCCCUCGGAAGCAGCGGCGAGAGCGCACCACCUUCACCCGCUCGCAGCUGGACGUGCUGGAGGCGCUCUUCGCCAAGACCCGCUACCCGGACAUCUUCAUGCGAGAGGAGGUGGCGCUGAAGAUCAACCUGCCCGAGUCCAGAGUCCAGGUCUGGUUCAAGAACCGGCGGGCCAAGUGCCGGCAGCAGCAGCAGAGCGGCGGCGGGGCCAAGAGCCGGCCGGCCAAGAAGAAGCCGUCCCCGGCGCGGGAGAGCUCGGGCUCGGAGAGCAGCGGCCAGUUCACGCCCCCCGCCGUCUCCAGCUCGGGCUCGUCCUCCUCCUCCAGCUCCAGCUCCUCCGGCAGCGCGGCGGCGGCGCUGGGCAACCCCGCGGCGGGAGCCGCCUCCAUCAGCGCCCCGGCCUCGUCCAUCUGGAGCCCGGCCUCCAUCUCCCCCGGCGCCGCGCCCUCGGCCGUGUCCGUGCCGGAGCCGCUGCCGCCCGGCGGCGCGUCCUGCAUGCAGCGCUCGGUGUCCGGCGCUGCCUCCGCCUCCUACCCCAUGUCCUACGGCCAGGGCGGCGGCGGCUACCAGGGCUACCCGGCGGCCCCCUCCUCCUCCUACUUCGGCGGCGUGGAGUGCAGCUCCUACCUGGCGCCCAUGCACUCGCACCACCACCCGCACCAGCUCAGCCCCAUGGCGCCUUCCUCCAUGGCCGGCCACCACCACCACCCGCUGGGCCAGGGCUCCGGCCACCACCACCACCAUCACCACCACCAGGGCUACGGCAGCACGGGGCUGGCCUUCAACUCCCCGGACUGCCUGGACUACAAGGAGCCCGGCGCUGCCUCCUCCUGGAAACUCAACUUCAACUCCCCCGACUGCCUGGACUACAAGGACCAGGCCUCCUGGAGGUUCCAGGUCUUGUAGGCAGCGCCCGCCGGGCCGGCCUGGCUCCCUGCGCCUGGCCCUGCUGGACUUUUGCUACCUGAGAAACAAUGGCCUUGCUCCUGGCCUAGCCUGCGCUGACCCCCAGCCCCGGGCUGGCCCUGCUCCUCCCAGCUCCGGAGCUGCCGUCGGUGCGUUUCCUUUUCCCGGACAGGACUGGGUCUCCAUUCCCCAUGGUCAUCACUAGUAAUCGUUCAUCAUCCCCGGCCAAGAGCCCCCUACAGCCCCUGGCUCAGGGCUGCUGGCUGAGAUCUGCUGCUGGACCCUCCCCAGUAACUCUUAUUUAUUCCUUCUCCGCACCCCGGGAUUAUUCCGUCCGGUGGGCUAAUUUUAACACGAAACGCACAGAGACCGGAAGAGAACUUUGGUGCGUCUCCUCUCCUCGAUUUAAAAAGAACUGCGCCUUGGACACACAGACUCCCCUCUGCCCUGCAGGCCGCCCCCCAGCUGUUUGACGACUCAACUUUCUGGAACUCCUUGUGUCAAGGGCAAGGCAGGGAGUGGACACCCUGUACCCCCUGCCCGCUGCAGACCCUGGGUACCGCUGUCUUGUCACUUUGGAGAGCCUGCGGGCUCUCUCUCGGUAGGACAGCCGCAGCCUCUUGCUGCAGCAAGCAGCAGGAAUGGUGUAAAUAUUCGGUCCGUUCCAGGGACCAGUAUUAUUUUUAGUUGAUGUUAUUGGGUUGAAAUUUUGAGUUUAACACGCAGGACAUUGAAAUAAACUAAACUUCUCUCCUCCCCUUUCCCCUUCAACAAAUUUUCGCGCGGGGCGCGUCAGGAUUCUCAGCGCUGCAUCUUUCCUCUCUUUGGGGUGCUCCUGCUGCUUCUGGCAAAUCAAACCCACUCCAGGGAGAAGAGGCGGGGAGGGCAGGCGAGUUGGGAUGGUGA